AUGGUACCAAACCGCGGAGACUUUUUCGAAUUCCUAUCUACGGCGGCGGCGCGAGCGACCAAAGAUAAAAAUGCCCAAAGAGCAUUGAAUAACUUGACUUUAACCCACGCGGAUGGGCCUGAUAGGGGCCUUUCAUACGAAGACCGAGAAAUCAUGCUCGAAUGCCGCAGGAAAACCAGAGGAUACACCCAAACCGGAGCCUCAAUCGGACUAUUCCUAGGUCUGGGAGCCGCAGUCCUCUCGCUCCGUCGUAGGCGCCUCGCAUUUCGAAAUCUCCGAGCAAUGCAAGGGAAAGGAGCAACAAUACGUUUUCCCGACGGAAGGGAAGAAAUUAUAACAAACUUCCCACCGGGCGUAAGACCUUCGUUUAUGAGGAACUUUAUGACGUUUAGUUUUUUCGGGUUCACCAGUUAUGCACUCGGAGGGUUGGUGGGGAGUAGUUAUGGUCAGAAGGAUUUGAGAGAGUAUAAAGCUCAACAUCCUGAUGCUGUUAAAAGGAUUAAUGCGUGGGAGCGGAAGUCUGUGAUUUCGAUGUUGAAGCUUGCUUUGGAGAAGUUAGAGGAGGUGGAUGGUGAGUGGUCGGAGAGGGAUAAUAUAAAUGUUAAGGAAGAGGGGAGAGGAUUCGAUUCCUGGCCCCCGCCGGAUAAUCCGCCGCCUGAAUUCCCUCGGUCGUUUUGA